ACAUUCCGAAACUCCAAGGCUCAGUAAGAGGGAACCGCUCGAACCGGGUCUUCUCCUUCCCUGGGAAUUUGGGAGGAGAAAGUCUCAGCUGCCCAAGCACGGAGCCCAGGGACGCCCCCUCCCACCCCCCACUCCUCCACCCCGUCUGUUUACUCCCUCCUCUACCACACUCAACAAGCAAGGUACAAGAAAUACAACUGUGUGACUUCCAGUAGCUGAGAGUGCCAAAACUAGUAUCGCCUCAGAAACUAGGUAUUCUGGGAAAUAGUCUUCCUUGGGGGAGGGCCACGGCUGACAUGAAGUCAUGACGCAGCCAUUCCGGGAAAUGGAGUAUUUUACCUGGGCUCCUCGGUUUAGGGCUACUGUGGGGGAGGGACUAUACAGGAAUUAGCAGAGGGUUGGUGGAGCCUUCUUCCAGCCCUGUCCUGACUCCUCCAUAGCCGCUAAGAAAGUACCUAGUAUAGUAUAAGAAAGUACCUAGUAUACUAGCUUCGGGAAAGCAUGUGGUCCUGCAGAGAACCUGCAGCCAGAGGAAUGGCCCCCGGGGCCCCGAGGCCCCCCUCCCAGGGGUCAAUAACAUUCAAGGAUGUGGCUGUAGACUUCAGCCAGGAAGAGUGGUGCCAGUUGGAUCAUUCUCAGAAAGAGCUGUACCUGGAGGUCAUGCUGGAGAAUGUGCAGAAUCUACUCUCUGUGGGCCUUCCAGUUCCUAGAGAAAAUGUUAUCUCCUGUUUUCAGCAAGGGAAAGCACCGUGUCUGCUGGAGCAAAAAGACCCAAGGAGCUCCUGUCCUGGAGUAGAUUUUGAAGCGAAGGAGAUGUCUCCAAAGCUGAUUCUUUUUGUGGAAGGAUCUGACUCCCAAAGAUGCAUGAAUGAGGGUAUCCAUGACUUCCUUUUGAGAGAAAUCUGUGACUCUACUAUCAAGGCCAAUAAAAAUCCAAAGAGUGACUAUGAAUUUGAUGAAACUGCAGAGAAAUUUGGCCAAUAUUCAGGUCUAACUCCGUCUAUGAAAUUAACCUCAGGAAAUAACUGUUUUCCAGAUAGUGAAUAUAGGAAAUGCUUUCCUGAAGAAGUAAGACUUAUUCAGUCACAUGAGAAGCCUCCUGAAAUGCCCAUGUAUCAAGAUAAUGUAGGAGGAAAGGGCUCAAAAAGUAAAUGUGUACAGGUGGAUUCUGUGAGUGAUAAAGGUGGGAGACCUUCCUGUCAGAAUUCUGAGCUUCCUGCAUAUCAGAGAAUCCAUACUAAAGAGAAACCUUAUGAAUGUAAAGAGUGUGGAAAGGCUUUUACAGAGAGAGGAUCUCUUUCUGUACAUAAGAGAAUUCACACUGGAGAGAAACCUUAUAAAUGUAAAGAGUGUGGAAAGGCUUUUACACAGAGGGCCACUCUUGAUGCACAUCAGAGGAUCCACACUGGAGAGAAACCUUUUGAAUGUAAAGAGUGUGGAAAGGCUUUUACAAUGAAAUGCCAUCUUGUUGCACAUCAGAGAACCCACACUGGAGAGAAACCUUUUGAAUGUAAUCAGUGUGGAAAGGCUUUUACAAUGAAGGACUCUCUUACUAAACAUCAGAGAAUCCACAGUGGAGAGAAACCUUUUGAAUGUAAACAGUGUGGAAAGACUUUCACGGAGAAGGUCCAUCUUGCCAAACAUCUGAUAAUCCACACUGGGGAGAAACCUUAUGAAUGUAAAGACUGUGGAAAGGCUCUUAGAUCAAGGGGCAGUCUUGCCACACAUCAGAUGAUCCACACCGGAGAGAAACCUUAUGAAUGUAAAGACUGUGGAAAGGCUUUUAGAACAAGGAGCAGUCUUGCCACACAUCAGAGAACCCACACUGGAGAGAAACCUUAUGAAUGUAAACACUGUGGAAAGGCUUUUACAUGGAGGGAUUCUUUUGUGUCACAUCAGAGAAUCCACUCAAGAGAAAUCUUAUAAAUCUACACACUGUGCACAUCAGAGAAUCUACUCUGGGGAGAAACCUUAUGAAUGUAAACAUUGGAGAGAUUUUUCACACAAAGAGGCAAUCUCCACACAUCAAGACAGGAGAGAAACCUUAUGAAUGUAAACACCGUGGAGAGGCUUACAUAAAACGUCUCUCUUGCUAAACAUGAGAGAAACUAUACUGGAGAGAAACCUUAUCGUAUGGGAUAAAAUCUUGCAUUAUUCUCCAGCCUACAUUAUUUCGUAUCAGUAAUUUUUGAUUGGCAAAUUCCUAUAGAAAAUUAGUGAAAUUCAGUGCCCUUCAGAACGGAGAUACUAAAGUCUCUUUAUGAAGAAUAGAGAAAUCCCCAUCCCCAUGCAGCUGUUUAUAUAUACAUAAAUAUACACCUUCAAGUCACCCUUUUCUGAUGUGGCCCAAACUUCCCCUUUUAAAAAAAUUAUUUUGGAUUAAGUGGUUUUGAUUAUGAAUUCCUCUUGUGUGAAGGAAAUCAUGGAGUGGAUCAGGUCAUGAGGCUAGAAUGGCAGCAGGGAAAAGGCAGCCAUAGAGUCAAGAAAUUAGGAGGUAGGGAUCAGGUCAGAUGCCCCUUGCACUGGCCCUGGAGUGCCCCUGUGGGAGGCCUAGGCAAAGUAGGAAGCCACAAUUGGCUUCUGAGAGUUACUAGGAGGAGGAAAAGUUUGAUAAACUGAGGGAAAGGCAGAUUUGCCUCUCUUCUCUUCCUGGUUUUCUGCUUGCUGGAAUUCCCUGUGAGCAUGGCUAGGGGGUCCUAAUGGCAGUGACAGAAUAGCAAGCUCAAUAUAGCAACCUGGAAAGUAAUUUCUAUUUCUCUCUCCUCCUUUCUGAGGCCCUAAGACACGGGGCAGCUGCAAGGCCACUGCUCGCCCACCACUCUGGCAUGCCCAGUAUGGGUUUUUCUCCCCACCAUUGCCCCUAGUCCUGGGAAACUCUGCUCCCUUGCUUAGCAUACUACAAGCCAGUGCCCUGGACCUACUUGCCAACAGUAAAGAUGCAAGCAAUUUAAAAAUCAAUAAGGUUAAAUAAUAAAAUGAAGAAUAAUUAAAAAAUAGAAAAUUAAAUUAAACAAAAUUAAUAAAAUCCAGUAAAAUAAUAUAUAUUGACAUAUGUUAUAUAUACAUUUUAUAUAUAUAUAAAUAUAUAUAUUUAUAUAUAUAUAUAUAACAGCUCACUGCUGGGCUCUAGGCUCAGUACCACAUUCCUGCUGUAGGGGCCAUAAUUCUAACCCCCCCUAAGUUGGGGUUUCUCUUUCAUAGCAGGAGCCUUGUAAAGAUAGGCUUCAGGUGUUUUGUUUUUUUUUUUCCUCCAGUUUUUGGGACUGGUUCAGCAUCCAGUUGCUUAUUAUUCAGCUCAUUUGGACCCAGUCACUUCAGAAGCACCCCCUAUCUUAGAGUCAUAGCUGCCACAGCUUUAUUAGUAACUAAGGUGGCUAACUUAGUACUUGAUUGCCCAUUUACAAUAAUGUGCUCACAUGAAAACGAAGCAUUGUUGCUAAGGCAUAUAUAACAGGCAUUUUCUGAACCAAAGACUCGCAAGAUAAGAGAAUCAUUACAAAGUUGUGAAUCUUUAGUAUCCAUGGCUGAAAAGCCUUAAGAUAAUCUCCUGGACACUCCUUUAGACAAUCCAGAUCUAGUCUUAUUCAUUGAUGGUUUUUCUUUCAUGAGGUAUGGCAUACAUUACACUGGAGCUACUGUAGUUACAGAAUUUGCCACUCUGCUCAGUUUCACUCCCCUCAAAUAUAAGUGCUCAAGGCGCAGAACUUCUAGCCCUAAACCAUGCUGGUAUAACUGCCAAAGAUUCGAGGGCAAUAAUUUAUACAGAUUAGUUCUUUCUGCUUUUCAGCUACCUGAAAUCCUAGCUAAAGUUCAUUGCUCUGCCCAUACAGGUGGAACUGACCCUGUCUCUUGGAGGAAACCAUCAGGCAGAUACUGCCACAAAACUUGUUGCCUUAGAAGGGUCUGAACUAAUUCUAACUUUGGCAAGGAGGAACAAAUCAUAUUUUUCACUUUCCUAUAAUGAAAACAAAAGUGGAAAAAAUGGAAACAAAAAUUCAAAGAAAACAGAUCAAUAGAGUAUGGGUGUCAUCUGAGGGAAAAUCCCUGUUCCCUAGAAGUUUUCGUUACCAAAUAUGCCAAUCUGUCCAUAAAAACUGUCACAUUGGCAUUCAGGUCAUUAUAGACUCUGUUCUAAGAGUAUGGAAUAGCCCCGGGUAUAACUACUGUAGCAUCUGUAGUUGCAGUCUGCCACACCUGUCAAACAUAUAACCAACACACCUUUCAUGGCAAAGCAUUUCAUGGGAAUCUUGUCUUAGACACCUUCUGAAAAUCUGCAAAUUGAUUUUAUUACAAUGCCAAAGCCUGGACAUGAUAAAUUUGUCUAGUCAUAGUGGCUCAGCUGACCUAGAAGGCUGGAAACAUUUCCUACCACCUGAGCCGCAGUGGCUUUUAUUGCCAAGGUACUCUUAGAUUAGAUUAUUCCUUCCUUUGGCCUGCCAGCAUGAAUUGAUUUGGACAGGGGAACUCAUCUUCCCAAAUUGAUCCUGUCCCAAAUUUAUUACUGUUUGGGGAUAACUUCUGAAUUCCAUGUACUGUAUCAACCCCAGAGCUCAGGCCACGUUGAAUGAACAGAGAAUCAUGAUUGGAAAACUGCAUUGAGACUCAUUUAAAAUGGAUUGAAGCUCGCUCUCUCCCUCCCCCCCCCCUUCCCCUGCUCUAUUUUAUUUCUGAAGCAGGCCCAGGGGAGAUCUACGUAUCUCACCAUUUGAGAUGCUUUUUGGACAUCCCCCUAUAUGGGCUAAGCCUUUUUCUCCUGCAUAUAUAUCACUACUAGGGGAGGACACUUCUAUUGCUUCCCACAUACGGGAAUUGUGGAACAAAUUGCGAGAACUCCCUGAAUCCAGAGCUGCAGUAUAAGCAGGACUGAUAGACUUUUCAUUUCAUGACCUAAACCCAGGAGACAAGGUGUACAUAAAGAAUUUCCAGCUGCUUACUGGAGCAACUCAGCCUGCCUGGUGUGAUAAAGGAUGGAACACACUGGGAAGGUCUGUUUCAAGUACUCUUAACCACUCCAACAGCUACCAGAAUUGGUGAAAAGGACUCUUGGAUUCAUUGCUCACAUGUAAAGAGAUUACCUUCUAUUGACACUGGUUGACUGUAUCCUGUCAUUGGGGAUAAAAGUCCAUAGACAAGUAGACACUGUUUUGGCUGACAAAUUGAAUUUCUGAAUUAUUUUAUUGCUUUUCUUUUUAUUUUCAAUUGAAUAUUUGAUUUUUUUUUACUUUUCUUAUUUCUUGUACUUAAAGCACAUAUAAUCAAUGUUAAUCUUUUUUGAUUUUGCAAUAGAAUAUGUUUAAAAUAUCUAUUUGUCCUACUAUAAAUACAUACCCAAACACAUUAGACUAUGAAAA